AUGGUGCGAAACUGUGAAGUACGAGGUGUGACAGCCUGCUCAGCCAUCCGCAGAAGGAGGGGGUACUGCAAGAAGCUGCAGAGUGUGGAGAAGCCACAUGUCCACGUGCAGAUGCGGGACUCAGUGGUCUUUGAGGAUGUGGCUGUGGACUUCUCCCCAGAGGAGUGGGCUUUGCUGGAUCGUGCUCAGAGGAACCUCUAUAUAGAAGUGAUGCUGGAAACCUUCAGGAACCUGGCCUCAGUAGGAGAAAACUGGAAAUGCCAUGGCACUGAAAGUCAUCCCAAGAACCAGGGGACACAUUUGAGAAGUCAUGUGGUGGAGAUGUCCUCAGAAAAUAAUGAAAGUUAUCAAUGUGGAGAAAUCCUCAACCAGAUUCCAAAACUUAAUGUGCACGAGAGACUUUCUACUGGAGUAAAAUCCUAUGGAAAAAAUAAGCUUGAAAAAGCCAUCACAGAUCCUUCCUCCCUAAAGAGUCACACAGCAUCACCUCAACACAGACAAAAGCCCUAUCAGUGUAAGGAGUGUGGGAGAACUUUUACCUGUCAAUCCUCCUUAAGGGCCCACGUAAGAGCUCACACCAAAGAGAGAUCUUAUGUAUGUAAAGAAUGUGGAAAAGCUUUUAUGUAUUUUUCCAAACUUAGCAUGCAUAUAAGAACUCACACUGGAGAAAAACCAUAUGACUGUGGAAAGUGUGGAAAAUCCUUCAGAUCUCCCUCAAACCUUUGGACACACAGAGAAACUCAUACUGUGGAGAAACCUCAUGCUUGUAAAGAAUGUGAGAAAUCCUUCUCUUCUCCCUCUUCACUGAGAAAACACAUGAAAGUCCACAGUGCAGAGAAAGCCUACAAAUGUAAGGAAUGCGGGAAAGCCUUUCUUCAUUCUUUUUACCUGAUCAUCCAUGCAAGAAUGCACACCGGAGAGAAAGCCUAUAAGUGUGUGGAGUGUGGGAAAGCUUACCGGUGGCCCUCAGACCUCAGGAUUCACAUGAGAACACACUCUGGAGAAAAGCCUUAUGAAUGUAAACAAUGCGGGAAGUCCUUCCGUUCUCCCUCAUCCUUUAAGGGACACGUCCAGACUCACACUGGGGAGAAACCGUACGCGUGUAACGAGUGUGGGAAAGCCUUCACUAGUCUCUCAUACUUCAGAACACACGCGCGAAUCCACACUGGAGAGAAACCCUACACGUGUGAGCACUGUGGGAAAGCCUUCAAUAGCCCUUCAUACUACAGAACGCAUGUGAGAGUUCACACCGGAGAGAAGCCCUACAAAUGUCAGCACUGUGGGAAAGCCUUCAGCUGGUCUUCAUCUUUUCAAGGACAUCUGAGAACUCACAGUAGAGAGAAACCCCGUGAGUGUGAGGAAUAUAAUACAGCACUCAGGAGACUGAUCCUUACACAGACAUGUGAGAAUUCACACUGGAGUGAAACUCUCUAAAUGUAAGCAGCGUGGAAAAGCCUUCGUAGUCUCCUAUCCUUAAAAAACACAUGAGAACUCACACAGGAGGGAAACUCUGUCAGUAAGUAGUACGGGAGAGCUCUCAGCAGACUGUGUACUGUAUGCAACGAACUUCAUACCUUUCGAAAUGUUUAUCACAGUCUUGAAUAUAGUGUCGGCUUUAUUAGUGCCUUAUGCUUAGAGUAGGCCUCUACCAUAUCCAGUUUUUGCUGAGAAAAACAUUUAGGAGAUAAACAUUCCUUUAGGUAUUACUUUGCAAGGGUUGCAACAAAUUGUCACAAAGUUGGUGGCUUAUAAAACAGAUUUAUUCUCUCAUAGUUUUGGAGAUUAGAAUUCCAAAAUCAAGAAAUUUUUUAGGUCAGGUUCUCCUGGAGAUUCUGAGGGAGAAUCCAGUCUCUCCAAGCUUCUGGUGGCUGCCCACAGUCCCUUGGCAUGUAGAUGCAUAACUCCCAUCUCUGCCUCCGUCUUCCUGUCACCUUUUCCUCUGGGUUUUAUCCUCUUCUCUUAUAAGUCAUUGGGUCCAGGGCCCACCCUAACCCAUGGUGAUCUCAUCUUGAGAUCCUUAAUUACAUCUGCAAAGAUUCUUUACAAAUAAGGUUGUGCUCACAGGUUUUGGGUGGACAUAUCUUUUGCGGGGGGCCACCAUUUUGCCCACCCCAUACACAGCCAGGAUCCAAAAGAUUUUUGACUUUUGGUAUACAGAGUUUUAAUUACGAAUUGCUUGUACAAAAAUUGUUUUAUUUACACUAUGAAAUCUUUUGGAUCCAUAGAUCUUUUGGAAGUGUGCUUUUAAUAUGUAAUUGUCAGAAUCUCAGAUGGUUUUAUUUAUUUCUCAUU